CUCCCUGCAGUCAGUCAGUGUGUGAGUGAGGAGCUUUAACUUUCCUGAGGAGCGCACGCUGCAUGCCUGGACCUCUCCCCCCCACAGGGACUUUAGUUUCCAAUUGCUGCUUCUUCUACGUCUCUUCUGUCUUUCCCACGAGAUGUUGAUCGCUGUAGUGCGACCACGACAUCUCCUCGUCUCGCCGUCUCGCACAAGAUUGAACUAGGGAAACAUUUUCUCACAAGACGCGCAGCGCGACAGCUCCGGGGCCACUAACAGCGCAGAGUGCGCAGGUAGCUGAGCACCAGGGACUGAUCCCGAGGCUGCGCCCGGAUUCUCUGCUCCGAUUAUUGUUCAUUUCAACUUGGAGGCGAAAGUGAGCGAUCUGUUGGAAUUGGUUUGUUCAAUGACUUAAGAGCCUGGAUCUGAAGUUAUAUAUUCGGGGGAUCUGUAAUCUGCAAGAGAUUUCAAAAAAAGAAUCAGUCUUUGAUUGCUUCUGGAGGUUGGUCCACCAUGCAGCUGGACGGUCUGUGGACGGUCCACGCCCUCCUGGCACUGUCAAGCCUCGUACUUGGGAACCCAGUGGGCAACGACUCGCUGGCCGCGCCUCGCGUCUUUAUCUCCUUCAAAGAGCUGAGAUCUACUGGCACCGCUCAUCACUUUGCCUACCUCCUCAACACCACCGACUACAGGAUCCUGCGUAUGGAUGAAGAUCACGACCGCAUGUAUGUCGGCAGCAAGGACCACAUCCUGUCCUUGGAUCUCCACGACAUCAACAAGGAGCCACAUAUUAUCCACUGGCCAGUGUCUGAACGAAGAAAGAUGGAGUGCCUUGUGAGCGGGAAGGACGCCAAUGAGGAGUGUGCAAACUUUAUCCGUCUGAUUGAGCCAUGGAAUCGAACUCAGCUGUACAUCUGUGGGACGGGAGCUUACAAUCCAGUCUGUACCUUUGUCAACCGCGGACGAAAACCUCAGACAUCCAUGUAUCUACAGAUGGCCCAGACCAGAGGAAGGGCUAGCCGCGCAGCCGAACCCAGCGCAGUGCAUGAGACACUCGGACUAAAGGAAGAAAUCUUUCACUUGGAGCCGGGAAAAGUGGAAUCCGGGAAGGGAAAGUGCUCCUACGACCCAAAGCUCAACAGCGCGUCAGCUUUGAUCAAUGGUGAACUCUAUGCUGGGGUCUAUGUCGACUUUAUGGGAACAGACUCUGCCAUUUUCCGCACUUUGGGGACAAAGACUGCGAUGCGAACAGAUCAGUACAACUCCAGAUGGCUGAAUGACCCCACUUUCAUCCACGUACACCUCAUCCCUGACAGCGCGGAGAGAAAUGACGACAAGCUGUAUUUCUUCUUCCGGGAAAAGUCCUCCGAGAUGGGCCAGAGUCCUGUGACCCAGUCACGUAUAGGACGCAUCUGCCUGAACGAUGACGGGGGCCACUGCUGCCUGGUCAACAAGUGGAGCACCUUCCUGAAGGCCAGGCUCAUCUGCUCCGUGCCCGGUGCCGACGGCAUGGAGACGCACUUCGACGAGCUCCGAGAUGUUUACAUACAACCGACACAGGACACAAAGAAUCCUGUGAUAUAUGGAGUCUUCUCUGUCUCUGGUUCUGUCUUCAAAGGCUCAGCGGUAUGUGUCUACUCAAUGGCCGACAUUCGCAUGGUCUUCAACGGACCCUUCGCCCACAAGGAGGGUCCCAAUUACCAAUGGGUGGCUUACACUGGGAAGAUCCCCUACCCUCGCCCUGGCACGUGCCCUGGAGGUACCUUCACUCCCAACAUGAAGUCCACUAAGGACUAUCCAGAUGAAGUGAUUAACUUCAUGAGGAAUCACCCGGCCAUGUAUAAUGCCGUGUACCCAGUACACAAGCGCCCCCUAGUGGUUCGGACCAACGUGGACUAUGAAUUCACCACCAUCACUGUGGACCAGGUGGCGGCUGCAGAUGGCAACUAUGAAGUGCUCUUCUUAGGAACUGACAAGGGAACAGUCCAGAAAGUCAUUGUGCUGCCCAGAGAUGAUCUGCAGACCGAGGAGCUGGUCCUGGAGGAGGUGGAGGUUUUCAAGGCCCCCACUCCAGUUACAACAAUGAAGAUCUCAUCCAAAAGGCAACAGCUGUAUGUGUCAUCUGCGGUGGGCCUGACACAGCUGGCUCUCCACCGGUGCGACGUGUACGGCGAGGCCUGUGCUGACUGCUGCCUAGCCAGAGAUCCUUACUGCGCCUGGGACGGCAAGUCCUGCUCCCGCUACUCUGCCUCGCAGAAGAGGUCUGACCCCUUUAGACGUAGCCGGAGGCAGGACGUCAAGUACGGGAACCCCAUCCGUCAGUGCAGAGGCUUCAACUCCAACACCAAUAAGAACACUCUGGAGAUGGUGCAGUACGGGGUGGAGGGAAGCAGCACCUUCCUGGAGUGUCAGGCCCGCUCCCCACAUGCUGUCAUCAAAUGGCAUCUGCAGAGAGACAACAGCGACCGCAGGAAAGAGAUGCGUUCUGAUGGUCGGGUUUUGAAGACAGAACAAGGUCUCCUCCUGCGUUCCCUGCAGCCCUCUGACUCCGGCAUGUACCAGUGUACGGCCACGGAGAAGAACUUCAAAUACACAGUGGUGAAGAUGCAGCUGGUGGUGUUGUCGAGCAGGGCUGUCAACAGUGUUCUGGUGGAGGGCGGGGGAGGGCUGGUGCCGUCCUCGCUCCACUCCAGCAGCACCCAGUGGACCCCCAGUGCAGGCCAGUACAAGGACCUGCUGACCAUCCUGAGCCAGCCAGAGAUGAGCCUGAUCAAUCAGUACUGCCAGGACUACUGGCAGUUCGGAGACCCGCUGCUGGGUGCCCUCAAAGCCAAAGACCUGAAGGAGAUCAAGGAGCACAAGAAGCCCCGCAACCGCCGGCAUCACGGGGAGGGGGAGGAGAAUGAGGAGCAGGAGGAGGAAGAGACAUGAGGAGCCCAGCUUUGUGUCUGAAAUACCCUCGUCCACCCUUCCCCCUCCACACCCUGUGAAAACUGGGAGAGACUCAUUGAGAGUAGCUACAUGAAAAAAGUCCACAAACCGGGAAAAAAAGCAAACUGAGAAAAAAAGAGGCUUGCAAACAAAACCCCACAUACAUCCUCUCAAACAGUAAGAUAUAUGAUACACAGUAUUUAUUGUAGGUUGUAUAUAGUAUCAUUCUGUGGAUUUCUUUGUACUUAUAGAAAAAACAUGCUCUUUGUGUAUAGGUACCUUUGGGGCAAAUAUUAUUGUUAUUAUUGAUGUUGUUAAUUUUAUUGUUGCUGUUACUGUCAUUACAAAACUCAUCUGUCGGCAUCACAUGACCAUUGGCGACUGUUUGGAAUGUGUUAGCGGGCAUGUAAGCUGUCAGGAGCAAACUACGAGACGCUCGCUCUGACAGGGAAAUGAAUUGUUGAUAAAGGGUUGAUGGGAUCUCCUUUGUUUCUUGCUUGUUUUGACUCGAUUCCAGGACUCUUUUUAUUACUGGACACAUCAAGAAUGCCGGUAAUGCAACCUCCUUGUGGCUGCUCGCAGACAGAGACUUAAUAUUGCAAGGGGACCAUUGAUACAUGGUCCCAGUUAUUGUGGGGAAACAGUUCUUUCUACAUGGGAACCUACAAUAUGUUGUAAUCGGGCCUUUUAAUAAUUGUAUUUUAAACUGGUGCUUGCCCUUUGUUUUUUUCCUCUACUUCUCGUGAUUGGAGGAUUGAUUGUAAAAUGAUGGAGCAUCUUCGCUACUUGUCAGACGAGAUACUAAUUCAGAUUAGUGAGAUUUACAUUUGCAAAAAAAAUGACAAAGUUCUCACUGUGUUCUUUGCCCUGAGUGACCUGUGGUUGCUUCUGGCAAUGGAUUUAAAAAUGAGACAAGCAUCAGCUUUUUAUGAGAUCUAUCAUUAUAAUUGUUGACAUAAUAAUGUCACUAUAAUGCUACGGUUCUUUUCUGCUGCAAACUUUGAACUGAGAGAGAGGUGCAAUAUAAGGUCAAGGUUUUGUACAAAGGGCAUUAUUGUUUUACUUUCAAGGGACAUUGGCUGGGGCCAAAUGCGACAAGCACACUCGGGCAAGGUGUAGUUGACUUUAGUGUCAAAACAAAACCAGUUUAAAGAGGAAAGAAGUGCCCACAUAAGGCAGCACUCAAGACAUCUCUCGUUCUUUCUUCCUUUGACAUUCAUGUGUGGAAAAAAAUGUAAUUGCCCAUAUACACAACAGAGCAUCGUAACAAUGUUGUGACACUAACCAAAAUUAUUGGGAAGCUGGCUUUCAUUGUGUGCAUGAACCUGUAUUUGUACUGUAAUUCUGAUAAGAUACUGUGUGGUCGUUUUUUUCUGUUCUUUGUUUCUAGAGGUGUACAGUACAGUCUGAGGAAGGUUCUCAGUGUGGCAAAAUGGGAAAAACAAAUGCUUUAAAGAAGUCCUUGUUUAAAAUAUACUCCUGUAUAAAGCAUGAUGCAUUUUCUUAUUGGCAUGAAUUAGGUUCUGUCAAAGUACAAAGUGCAAUUAUCUUGCUCAUGUGUUUGAAAAACAGUUAAUAGCAUAAUUUUAAAAAGUGCAAACAAGUUACACAUCAAUCACAGAGUAGGGCAGAUUGAAAUUGAGAGGAGUGUUUUUAAGAAGUGAGCAAACAUUCUAUUGAUUAGAAUGCUUGUGCUCACUCUCUGCUAUACUGCUCUAUGAAAAAUAUUACUACAAAAAUUCCCCAAGAAGUAGAUUAAUGGAGUUUUCAUGUAUAAGAAUAUACAACUUUGGAAAAAAUUGGAAAAAGGAAAACAUGUAGCAUUAUUAUGACAUUAAGUGUCUUUUAAUGUACAUUGUUCAAGCCUUUUAAUAGUCUGCAUGAAUGCCUAUUGGAAGAUGCAUUAAUAAUUCAUACAGAUGUUUUUGUAUCCGCUCCUCAAUUUGGAAUUUGUCUGCAUUCCCAGAAUCAAUCUCGGCCCCAGAUCGUCUCUUUCAAAUGAGACCAGGGAUUCUAUAAAUGGAAAAAAAUUAUGAAAAAAGGCAAGGAGGGGUUGUACAAUUUGUUGGUAUUUUUUUUUAAACUGUGUCUUUAGUUUUUGAGUGUUUUUGUUUGUUUGUUUUUUUUUGUUUUUUUUUGCAUCAUCAGACUUUAUGAAAAAAGAAAAAAACACUAAAUGCACAGAGGUGAUGCUAUUGUAAUGACUUGUGUAAAUUACUUUAUCUUCCCUUUCCAUUGUUGUUGCUGACUAAUAAAUUAAAGCUCUAUAUUUUAUAAGAAUGGAAUGUUCCCCCCCUUCAUUGUGAUUGGCCUUAUACUGAAUGUUUUCCAUGUUCUGCCCAGAUCUCUCUGGAUCCUUGGAAUAAAGUUGUA